AUGGGACGAAAAGCUGUUGAUAUUGCAACAAAAAGAACUAUUAUUCUUUUACGUGACAGUGGGAUGUCUCAACAUGAAAUUUCUCGAAAAUUGAACAUCUCUCGGCAUUGUUUUCGUCACACUAUUAGAAAAUUCAAUAAACUUCAUACAGUCGCUACGAAACCUGGAGGCGGACGCCGUUCAAAGCUAACAGAUCGUCAAAAACGAGCAAUUAAGUUACAACAAGUUCGUGAUGAUACUCUUUCGUUAAACAAUCUUGUUCGCUACGUUCAAACAAGUUUCAAUCUAACUGCUAGUCGUCAAACAGUACACAAAGGUGGUGGUGUUGGUAUAUGGUCUUAUCUAACAUGUCAUGGUCUUGAGGCGAUUGUUUUCUACAAUGGGUCGUUAAAUUCCGAUAAAUAUAUUGAUAUACUCGACAAGCAUUUACCAACAGCAUUUGAAAAAUUUUUACCGCGACCAUCUCACGCGAAAAUAUUUGAAGAAAAAAAACUGCAUCCUAUUCCAUGGCCAGCAAAUAGCGCAGAUUUAAAUUUAAUAGCGAAUAUUUGGUCCAUCCUUAACGAUAAACUUUUAAAGUUUAAUAUUAAUAACACUGAACAAUUAAAACCCACAUUGCAAGUGGCAUGGCUGGAAAUCUCACAUGAUACAAUACAAAAACUGUUUGAAUCCAUGUCCAAAAGAAUUCGACAAGUAAUCAAACGUCGAGGUUUCGCUAGCCAUUAUUAG